AUGUCGGCCUCCAUUGCCGUCCGUCCAGAUGGAGUCGGCGUGCUGACUAUGAACAGCCCGCCGGUGAACUCGCUUGGCACGAGCUUGGUGACCUCGUUCAAGCAGGAGUUCCCGAAACUCGUCCAAGAUCCAAAGGUAAAAGCCAUCGUGAUCACCGGCAGCGGCUCGAUGUUCUCGGGUGGCGCUGAGAUCACCGAGUUUGCCAUGAUGGUGGCAAUGGGUGAGGCCGAGAUGAGGAAGAACAACCCCGUGGCGGCCCUGAGCGAGAUGAUGGACACGAUCGAUGCCUCGCCCAAGACUGUGGUAGCAGCGCUCAACGGUCCAGCCUUGGGUGGUGGCUGCGAGGUGAGCUUGGCCUGCCACUACCGUGUUGCCGCGCCGAAGGCAUCCGUUGGCUUUCCGGAGGUGAACCUGGGCUUGCUGCCGGGUGCACAAGGCACUCAGCGGCUUCCUCGCGUGGCUGCCCUCCCUGUGGCGCUGCCGAUGAUCUUGCAGGGCCGUCCCAUGAACGCGGAAGCCGCAAAGAAGAACGGCAUCAUCGAUGUGGUCGCCAAGGGAGAUGUGGUGGAUGAGGCUGCAGAGCUUGCGCUGACGCAUCCACCA